UCUGUUACUUAUUUAGGUGUGCAGUUAGUAAGGUAGCCAGCAUGCAGUGCAUCUGGACCCUCUCCCUGCUUCAGCUAGUUGCCCUGUGGGCCAACGCAGCAGUGGUCACUGAAAAUGGCCUCCCCAUCCUCUGGGACCAGGCACCCAGCCAGCUGUCAGAACUGCCUCAGGUGGACAACUUGGUCACAAUCAACCCCUGGAACUACCUGCAGAGGAUGAGUCUGUAUAGGAUACUGGUGGGAUCCACAGACAAGUACAUGGCCUCCAUGGGAACCAAUGAGACUGACAGUCUGUUCUGGGGCCUGCCUCUGCAGAUGGGCUGGAAACUCAGAUCAGGACGGUUGGUUGACCCUACUGGCGCUACAACAUGUGGAAAGGAAGGAGAUCCCAUGUGCAUUUCUGCUACAAGCUGGUGGGCCUGUGUGAACUACUACCUUUCAGUGAUCCCGUUCCUGGCUGCUGUGCAGAAAGACGUGAUUGGAGAUGGUCUCAUUCAGGUCCAGGUACAGGCACCAGCUGAGGCAGCAGAAGAGUACUGCACCUCCUACACAGAGUGCUCUACUAAGUAUCCAGACCUUAUGGCCAAGUGGGAAGAAUUCUUCCAGACUCUGAAAGACGUGAGUGCAUCUGAGAUUUCUGACUUUGAGAAAAGGGACCAGAUUCUGGGUGUCUAUUGGGCAGGUCAACAGCUCUCUUUGAAUAGUGCCUCAACCAGCUGCAGGGCAAAGAUGAGCUACUAUUCCAGCCCAGAGGUUUCAUUCGCCAAAAACUGGAUGAACUCUGCAGACUACGUAGCAGCAACAUACUUCCAGUCCAACCUGAAUAACUCUGUGCUGUUCAUGAGCCCUCUGCCCAGCAGGGUGCUUCAGGAGGGGGAUAGCGCCCCUAACAUAGCUGACCUCAGCAAGGAGGAGAACCACACCCUCUAUAUCUUUGGCUGGAUGACCAGAAUGAACAGGAUUCUGAUGGGUUCUCUGGUGAGGAUUUGGCGCUCAGCCAUGUGCUCUGACAAGGCUCGGGAGAAGGGCCGGGAGCUCCUACAGGAUCUGGUCCAUGACCCUAAGUUUGCUGCUUCCACCUUCUUCUCUAUUCUCAAAGAGAUGACACGCAGCUGCUGAGGAUUCAGCAAAUCAGUCUGACACUCCAACUAGCUCAGUUUCAACCUGUCCCAAAGUUAACAUCAGAUGCCAUUCAUAAUGAUUAAUUGUUAAAUGUUUCUGAAUACAUUUCACACAGUAGUAUUUA